AUGAAAGUUCAUGCGCUAUGCACACUUUUGGGUCUCGGAAAAUGGCGUCAGCUAAGUUUCUCGAGGAAGCUCUGAGUACAGAUGUUGAUGAAUCGGCCGUAAGUGCGAUUGUCGGUUCAUUAGAGAAUCAACUCGUCACAUCAACACCUCCAGCGUCAUCUCAGACUGGCUCAGCUAUCGUGAUUAAUCAAAACCACGUAAACAGUGCAAUAUCCAACGGCGGGACAGUUGCCCCACAGAAACAUGGGACUAUAGCCAACGGUGACUCGAUAAGUGGUGUAAAUACUAUAAACGCGAACGAUGCAAAUAAACAAGUGUCGAACAAUGCUAACGCGAUGAUAAUUGGAAGUAAUGCAGGGGGGCCAGUGACAACUUCUUACGUGAACCAAAGUGUUACUGUCGAUUCAAACGCCAAUAAGCCUUCUGAUAGUGUUAAAAUAGUUUAUUCACAGGGCCAAGGAAACUCAGUCAUGGCUAGUUCGGGAACUAUUUUACAGAAUAGAGUUACAUUGCCAAAUGGUACCAUAGGUAUACCUCCACAGACAGUGCUACAAACGAAUCCAACAAAUGUGCAAACUAUACAAAAUAAACAACCUACUUUAGUUCUGAAAACCAGUGGCGCGCCGGGAACUCCUGGAUUAGUGACUGUACCUAUGAAUGUGGCCUCAUCAAUGGGGCAGGCUAAUAAUGUAGGUAGCCCUAGCAUUCAAUCCCCCAAUAUCCUAUCCAACCUCCAGGUAGUCAAUGUGCGCCCUGGAGUUCCUACUCAGCAGCAGAAAGGACAACCAGCUCGUGUAGUGCUAAGUGCACCUCAGUUAGUCGGGGCCCGUCCUGGGACUCCACAAUUAACCUUACAAAGUUUUCACGGUUUACAACCCGGCCAGCAGGGUGCGUUGCUGCUCAAGACUGAAAAUGGACAGUACCAGCUACUGAGGGUGGGACCUGCUCCUCCAACGGGUAUUAAUUCUUCACAAGCUGGAGGGCAACAGGUUACCUUCCGAAUGCAGACUGUUCAAUCAAGUACUACAGCUACGAAUCCUAUACAAACUGGUGCAACCACAACAGUAACGUCGACACCUCAACCUGUUGUUCAGCAGGGACAAGUGCAAGUACAGGUUCAGAGACCUGCUAAUGAUAAUACCAAAGAAAAAUGUAGAAAAUUUUUGGCAAACCUUUUAGAACUUUCAAGUAGAGAACCAAAAUCAGUUGAGAGAAAUGUCCGGCAACUGAUUCAAGAACUCAUAGACAACAAAGUGGAACCUGAAGAUUUUUGUGACAAGCUCGAAAGAUUAUUGAAUGCAUCUCCCCAACCGUGCCUAAUUGGAUUUCUUAAGAAAAGUCUCCCUCUUCUUCGGCACUCACUAGCUACACAGGAGCUUAGUAUAGAUGGGAUUCGACCUCCGCCAUCGAAUGUAGUUUACUCGAUAGCGGGGGCCACCCCAACAGUGCAGACCAUCAGACCAGCCGGUUUACAGCCUAAUCAUGUAAGAAUAGUCGCACCUGGUACCACGGUAGUUCGACCUGGCCAAGUUAUUCAACAACGUGUUGUAACUCCUCUUAGAACACCUGUACAGCAGACAAGGAUGGUAACAUCCAUACGACAACCAACAAUACCUAAUAAUGUUAUAGUCUCAACGUCUCAACCUCCAGCUCUUCAUCCUGUUUAUCCAAAUGGACAGCAGGUUAGGAGUACAUUGAUACGACAACCUGUUCAAGUAAGAACCUUAGCUUCAGGUCAAAUCAGACAGCAAGUACCAGUUCGAACGGCAUUCCCUGCCCAAAAACAAAUCGGUACAAUAAAGCAACAGGGGUCAAAACCAACAGUGCCUUCCACAUUAAAACCACUAGCCAAAGACAAAGAAAAGAAGACAUUUUCUUCUGCUUAUACUGGAGAUGACGACAUUAACGAUGUUGCUGCUAUGGGUGGUGUUAAUCUCGCUGAAGAAACGCAAAAAAUUCUUGGGUCAACGGAAUUCGUGGGAACUCAAAUUAGGUCAUGUAAAGAAGAAGUUAUGUGUUCAAUGCCGCCAUUACAGCAUAGGAUUCGACAAGCAAUGGCAAGGCAUGGAUUAGAAGAGCCUAGUACGGAUGUUGCGGCAUGUAUAUCACAUGCAGCACAAGAAAGGCUAAGAGAUCUCAUAGAAAAAUUAUCAGUUAUAACUGAACAUAGAUUGGAUAAUAUCAAGACAAAUCAACGAUAUGAAGUAACAAAUGACAUUAAAGGUCAGUUAAAGUUUUUAGAAGAUUUGGACAAAGCAGAAAGGAAACGACACGAAGAAAUGGAGCGGGAGGUAUUAUUAAGGGCGGCGAAGAGUCGAUCACGAACUGAGGAUCCCGAACAGGCUAAAUUGAAAGCUAAAGCCAAAGAAAUGCAAAGAGUAGAAAUGGAAGAAUUGAGGCAGCGAGAAGCGAAUGCCACUGCCUUACAGGCUAUUGGACCUAGAAAAAAGCCUAGAUUAGAUGGAGAAAUUACUAAUUCAAAUCAGUCAAACUCCAGUGGUGUAGGAAGUGGCACCCGAGGUCAGCUCCCAUUGCGACAGCGCAUGAAGAAAGUAACGUUGCGCGACGUCCAGUUCCUGUUUGAGACAGAAAAAGACCUCUGCAAGAGUAAGAUCUUGUAUAAGUCGUACCUUAAGUGAUGCUCGCUUUUUCUCGUCAGUGUUGUGAUAUGUAUAUAUAUCUUAGGACCUUAUUAAUAGGCCAAACUCUCUCUUUUCGAAUUCAGACAUUUAUUGAUCGGGGGAACGUACGAUGAUGAUCUUUUUGUAGUUGUUUUUUGUUUUAUUUUAAUAAAGGUAAAGCGGAAGAAUAUGCAGCUUCUUUAAGCAAGUGAUAUUAGGUGAUAUGUUAACCUUUUUGAUAACAUUAUAUGCUAGAAUCUGAGAUAAAUGUUAAAAAAAUACACUUGUGUCAUUUUUAUUUGAACAUCCAUUACUGACUGUUGUUUUAGAUGUUUUUUUUUCGUAAGAUAAUUUGAAAUAUGGACAUUUUUACAAUUAUUAUUUUGUUAAUUGAUAGCAGGAAUGGUGUUAAAUAAUUUUGUUCUACCACUAAUUAUCUAAAUAAUCAAUAAUCUUCAAAUACUAGAAAUGUAGACAAUAUCACAGACUAUUGAAAAAAAUGGAAAACCAAUAUACAAUAUUGAAAAUAACCAUGGCUUAGGAAAAUAUUUAUUUUGCAUUGGAAAUAAGAUAUUGAUGUAAAAGUCACAUGAAAGACACAAUCAAGUACUGAAUAUUUGAAAGACACAAUCAAGUACUGAAUAUUUGAAAUGACAUUGUCAAAUAUUUACUUGAUUUAUUUUCUGCUUCAAUUACUAUACAAAUAACUUUUGGGCAUGGAAAAUGUUAAUUACUCAUGUAAUUACUACUUUUUUUCAAAUAUUACAAUUGUCAAUUCAUUUUUUCAUCAAAGCUUCUUUCGAAUAGUCUUUUCAUAAUUAUGAUUUACUAAUGUUGAAUUUCCUUGUACCUUGGCUUGAAUCAAAUUUAUAUUUUUUAGUCUGUUUUUUUGCACGAGAUACUGUCUCUGCAUUGAACAUAUUCCAGAGUUAUAGUAUAGUUAUAAUACCUGAAUGAACAAAAAGUAUGUUUAAUUAGGUUUAUUACUUGUAAAGGUCUUAAUUUCUUUUUCCAUGUAUCUACAUGACAUUGUCAAAAAACCCAACAAAACUGAUUGUUUUAAUUAUUACAAAAAUUCUUUGUCCAAAAAAAUGACACAAGCUGUUUUUAUUGACUACUAGCAAAAUAUUACACUGUUUCAACUAAAAAAUAAUUUGGGCCAUGAUUGUACAUUAUCAAUGUAGUUAAAUAUAGGUGAUAACAGACUUGGAAUAGUGGAUGUUGAGGAAAUUUUUGGGAUAAACUUUGUGUUAUUGCAAUGGUUGGGAUUAUUAGUUCAUUUUUAUUAAAAAAAAACUUCAUCCUUCAUAUUUUUAAAAGUGAUUAUUCAUAAAAAUAAUUGUAUAAGGCUUACACAAGCUAACUAAAUAGUUUUUUAACAACUAUCUGAAAGAUAUCUAGAAAUUUUUGGUGGCCAGCUCUCUAUCAUAUGGUUUGAGACAUUAUUUUAAAUUGAAUUCCAUUAGAAUCUCACCUUUUCUCCAUGGCAUCUUAUUAAAAAUGCAAAUAUGAAAACUUCCCAAGAAAGAAAUCUUGUUUUCAUAGAAAUAUUUGACUAUUUUAAUUGUUGAUGUAUAAAAGUUACAAUUGUAAAACUAUUAUAACUGCUCACCGUUCUCUUCUAAAAUAAUAUUGAGUUGCAAAUAGGAAUGGUAAUGGGCAUAUGAAAUUAGAUUUCUAACACCCAUUAUACCCUGUUCUCAUAAAUGAUUUACAGUAUUCUCAAAUUGUCAUUUGUCACUCUUGAAAACAAUGUUACAAGAUAUUGUAAAAAAUAAUCUUAUUUUUAGUAUGUCAUUUGUUACGCCAUGCUUAGUCAAAGUAAUAAAUUGUCAUUUUAUGUUACAGUUAAAACCCGUUUUCAGUUAAUUCUAGUUUUUGACAAGGGAAAAUUAGUUUUCACAAACCCAUUCCAUUAAAACUUGUUUCCACUAGUCAAAACUAGUGUUGACUAGUACUCUCAGCGUUAAAACUAAUUUUUUUCACAUUUUUCACUAUGAAAUACUAUUACUAGUUUUUUCUCAUCUAAUAUAAUUUUCAGUUGAAACUAGCUUUCAUUGGGGGGUUCUACUAAUGGAAAACAGUGUUUCCAGUUAAAAAAUUUAUUGUUUUAAAAUUUUAUUCUAGUAGAACACUGAAAAGUCAGAAUUUUUAAAAUAAACUUUCGUGGCAUAUUUUUUUUUGGUACAAAAUUCGAUUAGAAACAGAAUAUUUUUUCCAGGAGCAUCUUACGAAACCUUGCCAUCCACCUGAACCUGUGGAUGAUUUUUCAGUAGCAAUGCUAAGGGAUAAAAUUGUAUCUGGGACUCUAACCAAUGAAUUUAGACCUAUAAUAUAAUAAUAAUACGGACUAUAAAAUUUUAUUUCAAUAAUUUCAAUUUCAAUAA